UCCGAGUUUCCGUGAAGGCACCACAGCAGCUCUUCCCAACCUUGCUACUUGUAGCUAGCACGUUAGCUAAUGCGGAUACAACACCUACAGACGACGUUAAAUUACACGCAAAGUGACACCAUGUGAAACAAAGCGAACGGAUUAAUGCCCUUUUCUAUGUGAUUCCGAUGAAGCCACUCGAGCAAUGGCGGACUUUCUCGGCUAACGUCAACGUUAGCUGCGCAACGAGCAGAGGUAGCUAAGCUGAUUUUAGCCCGACCAAAUUAGCCGUGUGCUAGUUUCCCACUGGCUCCAAACGCUUCAAUGAAUGGGGGUUGUUGCACGGAGAGAAGACAGCCAGUCAACAGUGUACGCUUGCAACUACUAGCCUCCCCCUUGUUGUGAUCCUUGGCUGCUCGGAGAAGUGGACGUGAAGAGUUUAUUCGGGGAAAAAAGCCUGACGGUCGAGGGUGAUUUGCGUUAGCUGAACAACACUACCAGCUUGCCACGGGACUUAAACCGACCGUGGGUAACUUUGUUGAUGCACCAUCACGGAGACAUGAUGCACUACCCAGGUACACAGACGUAGCACUAGCAGGGAUAGCUUGCGUAACAUCAUAAAGCAGGAGUGGGGGUUUUUUUGUUUUGUUUUUGUGUGUUGUGCGUUUACAAACUUCUUUUCAAAUCCUGCGAUCGUCCCUGGGCCAAGUCUCCGCUGCUGCAGGGAGGUGAUUAUUGUGAAGUUGUCGUCUGUGAGGAAGGACUGAUGGCGUUUUGGACUGACCCUGCCCUCCGUCCCAGGUAGGGGAGUGGUGCUGAAGACUCCCCGGCCCCGACCUGGCCCGCUGUGUGCGGAGGAUGGGAACACAUUGAUCCGCUCUGUUGUUGUAUUUAUGCAUUCACUUUAAAGAAGAAGAAAACAAAAAAAAAACAGAUUAUGAUUCGCAAUCGCGACUGGCAUGGCCUGUUCAGAUUUUGAAGGAUCAUGAUGGACACGGAGGAAGUUCCCCAAGACGAAAAUUACUGGAAAUAAUCAUGGACUGUUGAGCUGAACUCGGUGCAUUUAUUUUUUUUAGCUGAUAUUUAUUUUUAAAGACUGUUUCCACUGGCAGCUCAUCAACAUGUCUGCGUUUGCCGAGUUCGUCCCCCCUCCUGAAUGUCCGGUUUUUGAGCCGAGUUGGGAGGAUUUCUCGGAUCCUUUAGGAUUUAUCAACAAGAUCCGACCCAUCGCAGAGAAAACGGGCAUCUGCAAGAUCCGACCCCCCGAGGAUUGGCAGCCUCCAUUUGCCUGCGAUGUGCGCAACUUCCGCUUCACUCCUCGAGUACAGAGGCUGAAUGAACUUGAGGCCCUCACCCGGGUUAAGCUCAACUUUCUGGAUCAAAUCGCAAAGUUCUGGGAGCUGCAGGGAUCCAAGAUCCGAUUCCCUCAUGUGGAGAGAAAGGUUUUGGACCUCUAUCAGCUAAGCAAGAUUGUGUCAUCAGAGGGCGGAUUUGAGACCGUAUGUAAAGAGAAGAGGUGGUCAAAGGUGGCCAGUCGAAUGGGCUUCCCAUCCGGGAAAGGCACCGGCUCACUGCUGCGCUCCCACUAUGAGAGGAUCCUUUAUCCAUAUGAACUCUUCCAGUCUGGAGCCACGCUGACUGGCAUCCAGCGGCUAUACGAGGAAGGAGAUGAUGGGGAAGAACUGGAUGAGGGAGUUGGUGAGGAGGCAGGGGAGGAAGAGGAGCCAGAUGAGGAGGAGGAUAAGGAGAAAGAUGGGGAGGGUGACGGUAUGCAAACCAAAGAUCGGCUUCUGCCUGAGAGACGCUCCAGGCGCCUUAAGUCUGAGAGGGAAAACAAGGAGCCAAAAGGCCUAAAGAUCUUUGGUACAAGUCCCAAGAUGGUUGGCUUGGAGAUUGUUUCAGCUGACGAUGGAUUCAACAGGAAGCAGCGUCACCUCAAAGCCCAGGCUUUCGCCAUCAAAAUGAGACCACGAAAGGAGACCCUGGAGGUUAACUUUAUCCCCCAGAUCGACCUCUACCUCUGCCUGGUGUGUGGACGGGGUGAUGAGGAGGACCGGCUCCUGCUGUGCGACGGCUGUGAUGACAGCUACCACACCUUCUGCCUGAUCCCACCUCUACAGGAUGUGCCCAAGGGGGACUGGCGCUGCCCUAAGUGUGUUGCUGAGGAGUGCAGUAAGCCCAGGGAGGCAUUCGGCUUUGAGCAGGCAGUGAGGGAGUACAGUCUCCAGAGCUUUGGAGAAAUGGCCGACCAAUUCAAGUCUGACUAUUUCAACAUGCCUGUUCAUAUGGUCCCCACAGAGUUGGUGGAGAAAGAGUUCUGGCGCCUGGUCAGCAGCAUCGAGGAGGAUGUCAUCGUAGAGUAUGGAGCUGACAUCAGCUCCAAGGAGGUGGGCAGCGGAUUUCCUGUCCGGGACGGUAAAAGGAGGCUGCUGGGAGAUGAGGAGGAGUAUGCCAACUCAGGUUGGAACCUGAACAACAUGCCAGUGCUGGAGCAGUCCGUGCUCACACACAUCAAUGUGGACAUCUCGGGGAUGAAGGUACCCUGGCUCUAUGUUGGCAUGUGUUUCUCCUCAUUCUGCUGGCACAUCGAGGACCACUGGAGUUAUUCCAUCAACUUCCUGCACUGGGGUGAACCGAAAACUUGGUACGGAGUGCCGGCCUCUGCAGCAGAGCAGCUGGAGGCUGUAAUGAAAAAGUUGGCUCCAGAGCUAUUUGACUCCCAGCCCGACCUCCUCCAUCAACUGGUCACCAUCAUGAAUCCCAAUGUCCUCAUGGAGCACGGUGUUCCUGUGUACAGGACUAAUCAGUGUGCAGGGGAGUUUGUAGUGACCUUCCCCAGAGCCUACCACAGCGGCUUCAACCAGGGCUACAACUUUGCCGAGGCUGUUAACUUCUGCACUGCUGACUGGUUACCCAUGGGUCGUCAGUGUGUGGCCCAUUACAGACGCCUCCACCGCUACUGCGUCUUCUCCCACGAGGAACUGCUGUGCAAGAUGGCGGCUGAUCCAGAGAGUCUUGAUGUGGAACUGGCCGCUGCGGUCUUCAAGGAAAUGGGAGAAAUGAUGGAGGAGGAGACCAAACUCAGACAGGCUGUCCAAGAAAUGGGCGUGCUGUCCUCAGAGCAAGAGGUUUUUGAACUUUUACCUGACGACGAGCGCCAGUGUCACAAGUGUAAGACAACCUGCUUCCUGUCAGCGCUGACCUGCUCCUGCAGCCCCGAUCGGCUGGUCUGUCUCCACCAUGCAGCAGAUCUCUGUGACUGUCCACUCGGCAACAAGUGUCUUCGGUUUCGCUACGAUCUGGAAGAGUUUCCGUCCAUGCUGUACGGUGUCAAGACACGGGCUCAGUCUUAUGACACCUGGUCGAAGAGGGUCACCGAGGCCUUGGCUGCGGAUCAGAAGAACAAGAAAGAUCUUAUUGAGCUCAAAGUUUUGCUGGAGGAUGCAGAGGACAGGAAGUAUCCAGAGAAAGCUUUGUUCCGUCGCCUGAGAGAGAUGGUCAAAGAGGCGGAGACGUGCUCCUCUGUAGCUCAGCUGCUGCUCAGCCGCAAACAGAGGCACAGCAGCCGCCUGCGUUCUGAGAGCAGUCGCAACCGCACCAAACUGACAGUGGAUGAGCUCAAGGCCUUUGUGGAUCAGCUCUACAGGCUGCCCUGCAUCAUCAGCCAGGCACGACAAGUCAAAGAGUUACUGGAGAAUGUGGAGGACUUCCACGAGCGAGCCCAGGUGGCACUCUCAGACGAGAUGCCAGAUUCCUCCAAGCUGCAGGCGCUAUUGGACCUGGGUAGUGGCCUGGACGUAGAGCUGCCAGAGCUGCCCCGGCUGAAACAGGAGCUCCAGCAGGCCCGCUGGCUCGACGAGGUGCGUGUCACCCUGUCCGAGCCUCACCGUGUCACCCUGGAGCUGAUGAAGAGGCUGAUAGACUCUGGGGUGGGCCUGGCUCCCCACCACGCUGUGGAGAAGGCCAUGGCCGAGCUGCAGGAGAUCCUCACCGUCUCGGAGAGAUGGGAGGACAAAGCCCGUGCCUGUCUGCAGGCUAGACCUCGACACAGCAUGGUGACCUUGGAGAGCAUUGUGCUGGAAGCUAGGAACAUCCCAGCGUACCUACCUAAUAUUCUGGCCCUACGAGAGGCCCUACAGAAGGCCAAGGAGUGGACAUCUAAGGUGGAAGCCAUUCAGGUACCAUCUAGCGGCAGUAGCUAUGCUUACCUGGAGCAGCUGGAGAGCCUGCUGGCCAGGGGUCGCUCCAUCCCUGUCCGGCUUGAUCCACUGGCCCAGGUGGAGUCUCAGGUGGCCGCAGCCCGAGCCUGGAGGGAGAGGACCGCUCGCACCUUCCUGAAGAAGAACUCCACGUACACACUGCUUCAGGUCCUCAGCCCUCGCGUGGACAUCGGGGUCUACGGCAACAGCAAGAGCAAGAGGAAACGCGUCAAGGAGCUCAUGGAGAAGGAGAGAGGAGGCUUUGACCCCGACGCCCUGAGUGACCUGGAGGAGAGCCUCGAAGAGGUGCGAGAACCCGCCACUGUUGUAGCAGCCUUCAAAGCCAAAGAGCAGAAAGAAGUGGAGUCCAUCCACUCGCUCCGUGCUGCCAAUUUAGCCAAGAUGGCCAUGGCCGACCGCAUCGAGGAGGUCAAGUUCUGCCUGUGUCGAAAAACGGCCAGCGGCUUCAUGCUGCAGUGUGAGCUUUGUAAGGACUGGUUCCACGGGGCAUGCGUGCCUCUGCCCAAGACGGGAUCUCAGAAGAAGCUGGGCGUGGGUUGGCAGAGCAACAGCAAAGACUCCAAAUUCCUGUGUCCGCUGUGUCAGCGGUCGCGGAGGCCGAGAUUAGAGACUAUCCUGUCGCUGUUGGUGUCACUGCAGAAGCUUCCGGUGCGUCUGCCUGAAGGAGAAGCCCUCCAGUGUUUGACAGAGAGAGCAAUGAGCUGGCAGGACCGAGCACGUCAAUCUCUGGCCACAGAGGAGCUGUCCUCAGCCCUGGCAAAGCUGUCUGUGCUGAGCCAGCGCAUGGUGGAGCAGGCCGCUAGGGAGAAAACUGAGAAGAUCAUCAAUGCCGAGCUCCAGAAAGCUGCUGCCAACCCUGACUUGCAGGGACACAUCCAGACUUUUCAGCAGUCAGGUUUCAGCAGAGCCACAUCACCUCGCCAGUCCGUGGACUACGACGACGAGGAGACGGACUCAGACGAGGACAUCAGGGAGACUUACGGUUAUGACAUGAAGGACCCAGGCGAGGUGAAGCCUUACCUGUUCUGCGAUGAGGAGAUCCCUGUUAAGUCCGAGGAGGUGGUCAGUCACAUGUGGCCGGCUGCCACGCCCUCCUUCUGCGCCGAACACGCCUACUCGUCAGCGUCCAAGUCCUGUGUGCAAAACGUAGGCACGCCCAGAAAGCAGCCCAGGAAGACCCCCCUGGUACCUCGCAGCCUGGAGCCGCCAGUGCUUGAGCUCUCCCUGCAGGCUAAGGCCCAGCUGGAGGAGCUGAUGAUGCUGGGAGACCUGCUGGAGGUGUCCCUGGAUGAGACCCAGCACAUCUGGAGGAUCCUGCAGGCCACACACCCCCCCUCUGAGGAGAGAUUCCUGCAGGUCAUGGAGCCCGAUGACUCUCUGAUGGAGAAGCCCCUGAAGAUCAAGCUUAAGGAUUCAGAGAAGAAGAGAAAACGGAAGUUAGAAAGAGCCGAGCACCACCACAUGCUGAUGGCCGCCGCAGCCGCCGUCGGUGGGGGUUCGGCAAUGGGCGACAUGCGACCUGCCAAGUCCAAAGAGCUGAAAAGGGUCGGCCUGGAACUGGGUCUUGGGGGCAAACCCAAGAAGAAGAAGCUCAAACUCAACCUGGACAAGAACCGCGAGAUGAAGCAGCUGGCCAAACGGUUAGCCAAGGAGGAGAAGGAGAGGAAAAGAAAGGAGAAGGCAGCGGCCAAGGCGGAGGCCAUCAGGGAGGGGCUUGAGAAGAGGAAGGAGAAGAAGAUUCUCGACAUUCCCUCCAAAUAUGACUGGUCUGGGGCUGAGGACUCCAACGAUGAGAACGCUGUGUGUGCAGCCAAGAACUGCCAGAGACCCUGUAAAGAUAAGGUGGACUGGGUGCAGUGCGACGGCGGCUGCGACGAGUGGUUCCACCAGGUGUGCGUGGGCGUGUCGUGCGAAAUGGCCGAGAACGAAGACUACAUCUGCAUGGACUGCUCCCGGAAGGCCGCCGGGGUGAGCGGGGGAGGCGGCGGCGGAGGAGGGUUGACCGUGGAGGAGGUGGCAGAGGAGAGCGUCGUAGUGCUGGCGACGUCGAUGUGCAGCGCCGGCGGCGUCGUCCAGAGUCUGCCGCCCUCAGCUGUCGUGGCGUCGUGGUCUCACGCGCCCCCCGCCUCUCAUCUAAAUCCAGGAACCUCACAUCAUCAGCAGCAGCAGCAGCAGCAGCAACAAGAGCCUCAACAGGGCAGUUAGCAUACAGAAACAGCCUAGGACUGAGUUUGAUUACUGUACCUCACACAAUGAGCAAAAACCUAGUAUCCGGGCUAGCGUUUCAACCUCUCACCCAGACUGUACAGCAUCUGAGGGACAGAACAGGCCUUUAUGAGUGAGCUUGGAAGAAGAAGGACAAACCAGAGGCACUUCUGUUACUGCCUGGAUCAUAGAGCACAAUGAAAAAAAAACCCAACUUGCAUCUGGAAAGCAGAGAGGAGGCCUGCCGUCACCGUGUGGCUCCAGCAAUGACAUGCUCUCUCUCAGAGCUCUGUUGAAAAGGCAAAAAGACAAAGACUUAGUCCUCCUACAACAGUUUUAGGUCUAGAAAACAUCCACCAGCUAUUUCCCGGUCCUCCUCUGAACAAUAACAAGUCAUCGGUACACUUACUUAACAGUCAAACAGAAACCCACUUACUCCAGCUGUUGUAUUCAGUGCAAAACAGGCAAAUGAACAGAUGUGUUCCCCA